ACGUCGUAGGUUCUCGCGGGUCCUAGGGAGGAUCUACGUCAUGUCGGGCGGCGAGGGGUCUGCCCCGAUCAAUCCCGUCGACUCCGAGCGCGUCCCCGACGACCGUAAAGCCAACCCGGACGACAGGAUGGCCUCCGAGGGCGGCCUCCUCUCGGAAGGACUCAGACGGAGGAAGGUCAUCCACGCGGCCAGGGAGACUCUAGAUAAGGCAUCGCGUUUACUAAGACGAAAGAUACCAUGUACCGGCCACCUGAUGACCCCCCGCCGCCUAUGGAUACAAAAAGUGCCAACACAGGAAUGCGACGUAGUCACGAUGUUCCCAAGCGGCGCGCGAGACGAGACCUUGAUGUGGCUCUUGGGAAGACUUCGGGCCGGGACUCCUGGCUUGGUGGUCCACGUGAGACAUCACGCGUCAUCCGAUAGCUACGGGUUCUAUUUGACGGCGCCCUUUCCCGUGUUGCUGAAAGCCGCGGAAGAGGUGCACCUGCCGAAGACCCUGCGUCUGGAGUACGGCGGAGGGCUGAAGGAGUUCGUCGGGUCCGAGGCGAGCUGCUUCGAGGGGAGCGACGACGAGGCUCGGUUCUUCACCACCCAGGAACGGCAGUCCCUGGUGUUACAUUUGUUACACACUUUGAGAGCCGCACAACACGACCUGCACAGCUUGCCAGGCCUGAAGCUGGUGGAGGGCCAAGCGAUAAUACCAAAGUGCAUCUCUUCCGGGAUUAUUUCGCAGGUAUUUCCUCUACACGAGUUGCCUGCCCUGGAGAAGCUGCAGAAGACCUGGGUCCGUGCCUUCCUUAGCCCCCAACCUUUGGACGACAUCUGCAAAUAUUUCGGAGUUAAGAUCGCCAUGUACUUCGCUUGGCUCGGCCAUUAUACCACCGCCCUCAUCGUUCCAGCUGCAGUGGGUGUCAUAUACUGGGUCGGCAUCAUCGGUCGGAACCAGGCGGUGGAGGACGUGGCCUAUGUCCUUUUUUCGGUGUUCAACGUCAUCUGGGCGACGGUGUACUUGGAGACGUGGAAGCGGCGAGGUGCCGAGUUGGCUUACAGAUGGGGCACCCUCGACCAGAGGGACGACCUCCUCCUGGAACCCAGGCCUCUCUUCAGGGGAACCCUCGAGUCCUCGCCCGUCACCGGCAGGUUGGAGCCGACGUACCCCAGGUGGAAGAGGAACGCGUUCCGCUAUUUCGUCACCAUCCCCAUAAUCGCGGUCUGCCUGCUCUUCGUCUUCAUCGUCAUGAUCCUCAGCUUUCAGAUACAGGAUUGGUGGGACGCCGGCCUCGAGUCCAAAGGAUACGGCUUCUGGCUGAGUUACGUCCCGAAGGUCCUCCUAGCCAUCGUUAUCACUCUGAUGGAUGAGGCUUACUUCAAAGUCGCCGUGUGGCUCAACGAUCUGGAAAACUAUCGUCUCGACACCGAGUACGAGAAUCAUCUGAUCUACAAGGUGGCACUGUUUCAGUUCGUCAACUCGUUCCUGUCGCUCUUCUACAUCGCCUUCUACAUUCAAGACCAAGAAAGGCUGAAAGAGCAACUGGCGGCUCUUCUGAUCGCCCGGCAGAUCAUCGGGAACCUGAAGGAGUCCGCUGUGCCGUACCUCAUCGAACAGCUCAGACUGGCCAGGAUGAGUUUCGAGCUCUUCGGGGCUCUCAGCCCGAGCGAGGCUAGACCUCCUCCUGGGAAAGACCCCAAGGAGCACGAGACCUCCGAGGUAGAAGACAAGGACGAGCGCGGGGAUCCCGGAAAAGGGAAGCAACCCAGAAACGUCAGCCAGGCGGAACUCGAGAGUUCUCUCUACAGAGUAGGGCACCCUGCUAAUUCUCUACUUAGUGACAUUACUGCGAAGUGGUUCCCCGUGGUUGCAUGCAAAUUCGAAGGACCUCUCGUCGUCUUUUACUCAACAGGCGAGGAGUUUCCUAUCGCAGAGUUCACCAGACUUUUAAUGAUUUCUUUUCCGUUUUCCACCGAUCCCAUCGACGAAGUGCAGAUCACACGUAAAAAGUACGACGGAGCGUUUUCGGAGCACCUGGAGAUGCUCUCGCAGCUGGGGUACGUGUGUCUCUUCUCGUCGGCCUUCCCGUUGGCGGCCGUCGCGGCGCUUUCCGGGAACCUCCUGGAACUCCGCGGCGACGCCUUCAAGCUCUGCUUCGUCCUUCAGCGUCCAUUCGGCAGAAGGGUGUCCAACAUCGGUACCUGGCAGAACGCCAUGGAGGCGAUGGGAUUAGUGGCGAUCCUCGUGAACUGCGCCCUGAUCGGGCUGAGUGGCCAGGUGCAGCGGAUGUUCCCCGAGAUGUCGGCCACGCAGACGAUCCUGCUGAUCGUCGCCCUGGAGCACAUCAUGCUGGCGAUUCGCUUCGUCAUAAUAUGCGCGAUCCCGGACAUCCCGAACUGGGUGGCGACGGAGAUGGCGAAGGUGGAGUUCCUGCGGCGAGAGGCGGUGAGGAGGCUCUCGUCGACGUCUUCUCCAGAGCCACAGCCACUGACGGUGAUAGGGAGAUUCGCGGUGAGUCCAGCAGACGGAGAAGCCGAGGGGCAGACUUUGCGCCCCGAAGAGACGAGUCAGGCGAGCGGGGACGUCGCCAGCCACCCUGGUACCCCGGUAACGGCGUCGAGGGCGCAAACGCCGAGUAGCCCGCCGACUCCGGGAGCAGCCACGUCGGUCCCGAGGAUCGCCGAGACUCCCCCACCUCUGGAAACACCUGGGAGCCCUGGCAGCGAGACAGGGAGCCCCUUCUUCGAAGAGAACAACCUGGGCAGCAGCAACCGGGACCUGCGAAACUCCCCGAGAGCCUCUAUUCCAGGUGGAGAGCGCGGAAGACGCUCCAGGGAGUGGCUCACCGGAGAGCAGUUCUCCCCCAGCGGGGACAACUACAGCCACCAUCUCACCAUCGGUCCCCACGGAGGAGUCGACUGGGUCCGCAGGUUGGGCCUGGAGCCGGGAGGGAGGAAGUCGAGCGACUCCGAGAUCAGCGGGGCCGGGACCGGAAGCGGAAGCGGCGACGAGUUGACUCUUCACAGGUCGACGGACUGCAUCGUGGGGAAGGAGCUGGCGUCCUCCUCGGACAGCGACCUGCUGCGGUCGGCGCCCCCGUGGGCGGUGGCGCACAGGAACCAGAAGUUCCGCUUCUCCCCGGAGAAGGAGAGAGAGCGGGAGAGGAGUGAGCGGCAGCAGCAGCAGCAGCAGCAGCAGAGGCAACAGCAGCAACAGAAACCACCUCAGCAGUCUCAGCAGCCUCAGCAGCAAUCUCAGCAACCUCAUCACAGGGACUCUCAGGACCACCGCGAUCGGCAGCAGUACUUCACCGAGAAGGAGAGGGACGCCGGCGGGCUGUCCGACUCCAGUAGGACGGUCUCCAGCCAGGAAGAGGAGAAGCCCUCGAAGGAGGACCGCGAGGCCAAGAAGACCAGGGUCAAGCAGAGCCUGAUGAAGAGGGCCCGCUCCGUCGCGAUAUUCUCCCUCAAGCUGAAGGAACGCCGCGCCAAGGAGGCCGAGAUCAAGGCCAAGGAGGCCGAGAGGGAGGCUCGGUGGCAGCAACCUCAGUCCUCGGUCGGCGGCGAGCUCUCCUGCAUCCCCAUAGAAAAGCUUAUCUCCGUCGACGACAUCGCGGCCAUGGACAUGCGCCGGGUGAACCACUAGUUGCUAGCUCGCUGCUUCAAGUUACGUUCUUUGUUCUCGCUAUCGUAGACUCGUCGCGCCUCGUCACGGCCCUGGCGGGGGCGGCGCUCCGGGGGGUCCACGAGCACGUAUCUACGGAAACGGAAGAGUCGCGAGACUCUUCCUCGGGGUGAACGAUGUCGAGCGGGGCGGCGGAAAUAAUGGCGCACAAACGAAGACGUCGAUCCAUGUAUCUCCUUCCACGGUCGCGCUCGUAACGCGCGAUUGUAUCGUUAAUAACGUUACAUGGCCGACUUGAUAAUUUCAUGAUAAAAUCGCGUUACGAGAGCGCUCGUCGGAUCUCGGAGACGUCUAAAAGCUUCGUCCGGGGAUACGGACGUCGAAAGGGUUACAUGGCCGACCUAGCAUGCCAGGGCUGGUCUCCGAUGUUCGCUGUGACACGCAUACUUUCUAUAUACAAGGAUUACCUUCAUUUGUGUACACUAUGUUCUAAGAUUCUAAGGUUGCGUUCGCUCAAGGACCUUGAUUUGUGACAUUCCGUAUUCGUUCUUUUUAGUUUUUAUCGCUAUGGUCGUUCGUACGGUCCGGUUAUUCUAGUCGACGAUAGAGAUGAUAGUUUUUAACUCGAGAGAAGACCCCUGUUGCGUCUAUAGGCCUUUGUUCGGUCGAUCGGCAAUCGGCCCUGGGGUGUGGAGAACUCGAGAGCUCGGUCUCUUGGGGGUGGCACGCCUCCUGGAGGACACUCAAGCUCGUCCCUUCCUUCCGGCCAGAUGCAACGAAGGUACUUCCCUAAGAUUUUAGAGCAAGGGAGCCCUUGGAUAGAGCUAGGCGUCAAAGUAGCCGCCUCGUGCGUAAAAGGCAUAAAGCAAUAGAGGCGCCGAGAUUUUUGUAAAGCUGAUAGCUGCCGUGUUAGCGAGCGCCGAUCUACGAAACCGCGUCGAGAGACACGAUGCUAUCGUUGUUGCUGGUGGGCUAAGGACACCAAGAGUUGUUAAUUACUGUUAACUAGGUCGUAAUAAGUUGAUCGAUCACUUUUGCCAAAAGGUUCCUCGGUGGCCAUUUCUCGUCGGCGUCCGCUGGGCGUCGGAAGGAACAUCGGUGGGUGUAUUCUGAAAUUAAAGGCAGGGUCGUUAUCGCUUGGUUAUCUUCGGGUUUAUCCCGAGAACGUACACGCCGACUUGUCAACGAAUCGAAUCCGAAAGCCCUUUUGAAUAAUCGCGAUCCACUCGUAAGUUCAGAUACGAUCGCGCGUUGCGCCCGCGGAUUUUCUCUUUUUUUUUUUAUUUUAUUUUUUCAUCUUUUUUUUUUUCUUUCUUUGUUUUCCCUUUUUCGCGGCUCGCGUCAAAUGGCAACCCCUGGAAUCCUAUUGUACAUACAUACAAACGUACUCGCAAGGAGAGAGCCGGUGAGCCAGACUUUUGUAAAAUUUGUUCGAUGGCCUAGCGCGACCCCCUCCCUUGGCAGAAGAGACAGGGUAGAAGCCUCUCAAAAAUACAUCUUUUUAUUACCGUUGGCGGCACUUCGUUUCUUUAUCACAAUUGCGACAACUUACGUCUGGAGCAGGCGAGCGGAUCGCACACGUUUGUCAGGUGUUUUUUGUAUAAGAACGGAAUUGAGUAAAUAAAGAGUCCCUUAAAACGCACGAA